CGACGGCGGCGCGGGAAGGGGGAGGAGAACCACCAGCCAGCCAAGCACUUCCAGCAAGCUGCGAGCGAGCGGGCCGCGCGGCUCGAGGGAGGAGGGCUCGCCCCCACCCGCCCGGCCCGAGCGGAGCCUUUUGUUCCCAGCUAGAAGUUUGCAUGCCGGGACCGUGACAGCUGCGGGCGGGGAGGACCGCAGGGUAGUAGGGCCGGCGGCGCGGCGGAGAAUAGAGGCGGCUGCUUGUCAUGCAGUCCACGGCGCGGCGGCUGCGGGCUGAGGACUGGCGGCGGCGGGGGAGGCGGCGCCCACAGCACACGGGACUCAGCUGCCAGAGGAACAAACUAACUUCCUGAGCGCGGGACCUGAGCCCGGCGCGGCCGGGAACCACCUGCCAGCCUGCGGUGAGGUGACCCUGGUCCUCGGGGCGCGCGGCACUGCGCGGGGGAGCGGGCGGUGCUGAGCUAGCCCCUCCGACAGCCCCUUAGCGGCUGCCGCUUGUCCGCCUCCGCCUUCAGAAAGGCCCAGCGCGCGGCUCCACUCGCCUUGUUUUGUGGCCACAGCGCAGGUCUGGCCUGGGAGCCACAACAAUGCCAUGAUGUUUUGGAGACAGGAAGCCCCAAACUGGCCCCGAAUGAAGGACUUCCUGUGUUUAAAGUUGCAGGAAUAUCCUCCGACCGGCCCAGUUCAAAUGCAAAGACCCCAACUAGGGAGGACGGAAUGGCUAAUUCAGACCAGCUGGACUCUCCUGGGCUGAAACGGAGGAUAAAAUGAAAAGUAUUCUUAGGAGCUUGGGCCAUACUUGAAGACUAGAGAGGCAGUGCCAUUGUUAUUAAAGAACACAGUCGGUAUAAAUUUGCUGCUUCCAACUCUUCUUCAGUGAGAAGUGAGUGGAACUAUAUAUUGAAGAAGACUUGUAAAUAUCAAAUGAUUUUUGUUGACUGAAUUCAAAAGAGCAGUGCUCUUUUAAAAGUAAAACCAGAAGCCAUACAAGGAAUUACUUUGUUGAUUAAAUUAUAACAUUUAUCUGUCUGCAACUAUGAGGCUGCUAGCUUAUGAGGAAAAAGCUGUUUGUCUUAGAGCUUCAUCCAGAAUUGUUUCAAAGUGGGACUCCAGGUCUCUAUUGAGGGCAGAUGCAAUUGGUGGUUUGGAGUAUGAGCAUGUAAAAGGAUUUAUAGCUCAUGUAAAAUGCAUUUUGGGGGAACUUUUGAAAAAACUUUUGAAAGAUUGAUGAUUCAUCUUGAUUGAAAAAGUAUGGGUAAGCCACUCAGCAGGCCAGACUGUUUAAGGCGCAACCCCACUUGCCUGGGGAAAGGGGAGGAUGAGGACGGCUAUAUAGAGGAUUGCUAUGUUCCACAGCGGUCUAUAUAUGAUACAAUGAGGAUAAAUGAACAGAUUGACCAGGGAUCAAAGCUUAAUCAGACUUCAAAAAGCACCAUGGAGAAGAUGGAAGGAAGUACCAUAUCCAGCAAUGGUACAUUAGGUGCAGCAGCUAAUGUUUUUGAAUCGAGAGCACCAGAAAGCAAAAAGCUGGAUGAAAGAAUAAUCUUUGAUGCAUUAAAGCUAAGCAGUGACGUACAGAAGUCGGCACCUGUGCCACCCAGACGGCGGCCAAAUGCAGAGCGCAAAGACAAUGUUAACAGAAGAUCUUGGAAGUCCUUCAUGCCUCCCAACUUCCAAGAAUUUGCAGAAAGAAUGGAAGCUUCUCUCAGUGAAGUUUCAGAAGCUGGUGCUUCAAAUCCUUCUUUGCAAGAGAAGAAAGAAUCCAGUUCUGCAUUAACAGGAAGUUCUGGUAAUUUGGACCACAGGGAACCUCAAUCAGAGUCACUAACUUUGGAACAUGUGGCCAAAUCUACAGGUAUUCCAGGAGUGCAAGAUAUGAAAAACUUAAGUGGAGACUGCCAGGACUUCAGAUUCCAGCACCACAGUGAGAGCUCUCCCCAGGAAUUCCAUCCUGUAGAAUCAGAAACUGCAGCAGCAAGUGGUAACACAGAUGUAACACAGGAACACAAAUUCUCAAGUGCAACCUGGCCCAGGGCCACGAAAAGUUCUGCUACAGGAAGCUUCAGCGAGAAGCAGCACCCCCUUGGGGACACAGCCUGUACUGUGGAAAUACCACCUCUCUCACCUUGCCUCAGUGAAGAGUUGUUGGAUCCAGAACUGCAUAUUCUCGUAACCCCCAGUCUUAGAGAGAAAACAGAGUCUGAGCUAAAGUUUGAGGAGGAUGAACGAUGGAUCAUGAUGGAGGCUGAGGAGGAGUGGGAGGAAGAGAAACUGUCAGAGAGAGAAAAGGCUCUUCUAAUGGCAGAUGAGAACAGCUUGGCAGAUAUUUUGGAAGAAAGAGAACAAGCAAAUACGGUAGCAGUAGUAGAGGAUGGAGCCAGUUGCUUAACUGCCAUUUUGGGGACUUUUGUCUCCCUACCUCUUGAUCAGAUUUGUUACUCUGAUAACCCACAGACAGCUAGGGAACAUUUGGCUUCUGAGCCCGAGGAUGCACCCCUGGUUUGCAGUUGUGUUCCUGCAGGUGAGGAUGCUAUUGAGAGGAAAAAUGGAACUGCUCAAGGGCUAGAGCAUCUUGUUUCAGAAUUAGAAUGUACUGUUGGGCCUGUAGAUGCAGAGCAGCUCUCGGAUACAGAUUCAGAGCAGAUGUUUCUUGAACUUGAAAAGGAGUGUUUAUGUGAAGAAGGAGUAGUUGAGCCACAGAAUCAAGCCUCUUCUGAAGGGCUGGCCCCAUCCCAGGAUGCAGAAAAUUCACUUGUAAUUAGUCAUUUUCCAGGGGCUGCCUUAGAAAAAGAACAACAUUUAGGCUUUUUAAAUGUUAGAAUAAAGGAUCAUGGUACCGGAUUGGAUUGUGAAUAUUUUAAUGCCCUGGAUUCUUCUCAGGUACCUAAUGCUAGAGAACUUGUUGCCUACCCUGAAAUCAUGAGGGACAAUUCCACAGUUAGCAAGGAGUAUGAAAAAGUGCCUUUUAGCCCCAAGACUGGGGAGGAAUUUAAGUCUCCAGUUGAUCUGGAAUCACUGAGAGAGCUGAACCCAGGAGGAUUGCUUAUCUCUGAUCACAGGGCUUCUUAUGAACAAAAACUAUCAGGCUUUGUUGCUUCUGAGCUAGCCAAAGAAGAUGGUAAUUUGUUCCAGGUAGACUGCAAUCAAACUGAGGAAAAUGUUGAGUGUAUUGAGAGUGUACCCCUCAGUUUUGCUUCUAACUAUGAACUAACAGUUGUAACCUCAGGACCUAAAGUAGAGGUGUUAUUGUACGAUUCAAAUUUAUUAACAAAUGAAAUUAAUUUGGAAAGUGAAAAAGGAGCUAUUAACCAAGAAAAUAACAGUCUGGCAUCCUUAGAAAAUGCAGUCCCUUGUGAAUUGUCCAUACAUAAAGUUUCUAAUGAGGCUAGUGAGGCAAAAGAGCUGGAUUAUCAAGCCAAGUUUGGGGGGGAUGGAGCCCCAGCACAUUUUAAUACAGAUUUCCCAGAGCAGGUCUUCCAGGAUCUCCAGAGGAAGUCCCCAGAGUUAGAGAUUCUGAGUCUGCACCUGCUUGCUGGAGAACUGAGACAUGGUAGUGAUGGAGUGGAAACUCUGAAUGAUGUAAAGCCUAAGCCAAAUGUGUCGUCAUCACAGGGAGAAAUGGAAGUGAGAGAUUCAGAUCCAUUCCUGAAUAUCUUUGCAGAGGAACAAGUUACCAAAGCUGGUAAUACUGAACCAGUUUUAGAGGAAUGGAUACCCAGCCUACAGAGACCUGCCCCAACUGCUGCAGUGCCUGCUGUAGAAAAUGCCCUUGAUGCUACAGUGCCCACCCCAGAGGGUACUGCUAUAGCUGCUGAUGUUGUGUCCUUUCCAGAGGCUAACAUCCCGGUUGUGUUAAUGGUCACCCUAGAGGAGGAUGUUACAACUGCAACAACUGCUGAAGUCUCGGGCCCAGAGGUGGCUGCUGCUCCUGCUCUUGGAGUGCCUGUUCCUGAGGAGUCUGUUCCAAUUGCUGCAGUGUCCUCCUCAGAGGGGACUGCUGUAGUAUCAGUCAAAGAGAAUGACACCCCAGAGGGGCCUGUCUCCCCAGCUCCUGCAGGGCCCACCACCCCAGAGGAGCCUUCUUCUCCAACUCCUGCAGGGCCCACCACCCCAGAGGAGCCUUCUUUGGCUCCUACAGGGCCCCCCACCCCAGAGGAGCCUGCCUCCCUGGUUCCUGCAGGGCCCACCACCCCAGAGGAGCUUGCCUCUCAGGCUCCUGCAGGGCUCACCACCCCAGAGGAGCCUGAUAUUCAGGCUGUUAGUGUGUCCACCCCAGAAGGGCUAGCCACCCCAACUGCUGCAGUGCCUGCUCUAGAGGAAGUUUCCCCCGCUAGUGGACCCUUCCUGAGAGGUGCUGUACACGCUGAUUCAGUGCCUAUUGCAGAAGGCGGUACUCCUGUUCUGGGGGAGGCUUCUGCCACUGGAAUGUGGAUCAAGGAGGACCUGGAUCCUUCAGCAUUUGGAAUAAAAGAGGUGCCUGGCACAUUGCUACAUGGGAAAAUGCCUCUGACUGCAACUGGUGGAUUAAAUUCAAAUGAGGUAAUUGUUGUUCAUUUUGUUGCCAGAGAGGGUCUAGAGAAUAAAAUGAGAUUGGUGAGUUCUCAGACUUUGUGA